AUGGACGAUGACAUAGCCGUCAUAGGUCUUGGCCUUCGCUUUCCUGGGGAAGCCACCGAUGCGGAGAGCCUUUGGAAGGUUUUAGAGGCUGGAGAGUCACAGUGGUCAGAGAUACCUAAAGAACGACUAAAUAUUGAUGGAUAUUAUCAUCCCAGCGGAGAUCGACAAGGAAGUAUCUCGUUUAAGGGAGCACAUCUUCUCAAAGGAGACAUUAGAGCUUUCGAUACCACUUUCUUCUCCAUUCCCUCAGAAGAUGCGAAAGCGAUCGAUCCCCAGCAACGAAUGCUGUUGGAAGUCUCUUACGAGGCACUUGAAAAUGCUGGUCUGAAAAAGGAAGAUGUCUACGGAAGCGAUACUUCCGUUUAUGUCGGAUCGUUUGUCAAAGACUACGAACAAGUAUGUCUUCGAGACCCUGAUUGGUCUCCACAAUAUGCCGCUACUGGAAAUGGCAUUGCCAUCAUGGCAAACCGGAUAUCGUACUUCUUCAACUUCCACGGACCUAGUGUGACGGUUGAUACUGGCUGCAGUGGCAGUUUGGUAUCUGUCCACCUGGCAGCUCAGAGUCUUCGUAACAGGGAGUCGUCGCUAGCCAUAGCAGCAGGGGCUGGCAUGAUUCUCACGCCAAGCACCAUGAUGCCAAUGACCGCAUUGAACUUCCUAAGUCCAGACGGCAAGUGUUUUACCUUUGAUGAAAGAGCCAACGGUUACGGUCGUGGAGAAGGUAUCGGCGUGGUUAUCAUGAAACGCCUCUCUGAUGCUCUUCGAGACAACGACACAAUUCGAGCUAUCAUUCGUGGCACUUCAGUUAACCAAGAUGGUCGAACUACCGGAAUUACUCUCCCCAGUAAGGAGGCCCAAGUGGCAAACAUCCGAACCGUGUACAAGUCUGCAGGCCUUGAAUUUGACCAGACUGCAUAUGUUGAGUGUCAUGGAACAGGAACACAGGCAGGAGAUUGGCGAGAGCUCAAGGCCAUUUCUGAAACACUGGCAGCCGACCGAGAUAUCAGGAAACCAAUUGUGGUUGGAUCGGUAAAGCCGAACAUCGGCCAUCUUGAGGGUGCUGCAGGAGUUGCCGGAAUCAUUAAAGGAGUAAUGGUUCUUGAAAAAGGCAAGAUUCCGCCCAAUAUUAACUUCAAAACUGGCAACCCGGAUAUAGACUUCGAAAAUUGGAAGGUAAAAGUCCCCACGUCUCUUAUGGACUGGCCCAUGCCUGGGCUUCGCAGAGUGAGUAUUAAUUGCUUCGGCUUUGGGGGUACCAAUGCCCACGUCAUUCUGGAUGAGGCAUCGGAAUACUUGCAAUCUCGUGACUUGGUCGGAAAUCAUAGCUCCGCUGAUAUGCCUUCUUCAAGCCCCGACAAACUCACGCUUGAUAAGGAUGCUACAAAGCCCCGAGAAAAUGACUACCAGCUCUUUUGCUACUCAGCUCAUGAGAAGAGUGGAGUGUCACGUAUAAUGGGCUCUCACUCGGAGUAUAUUAAGGCGCAGGCCAAGUCAGGGCCCCGGGAGUUGCUGACAGACUACUCAUACACCCUUUCUUGCCGCCGGUCAAUUAUGGAAUGGAAAGGAUUCAUCGUUGCAAAGUCGAUCACAGAACUUGUGGCCAAACUUGAAACUGCUGGAUCGUCUAAAACUGUUCGUUCCGUGAGAAAAUCACAGCCACGUAUCGGGUUUGUCUUCUCUGGCCAAGGAACCCAUUGGGCUAAGAUGGGCCAGGAUUUGAUGCAGUUUCAAGUCUUCAGGAAUAGCCUUGAAGGGGCAAGCGAAUACCUCUUGCAUUGUCUCCAAUCGCCCUUUAACUUGAUAAGAGAGAUUCUCAGGGAUGAAUCUGAUUCAGCCAUUUCCUAUCCUCACAUUGCACAGCCUGCUACAACAGCAAUCCAGGUAGCCUUGGUCGACCUCCUUCAUACUUUUGGUGUGUCACCUACAAGUGUAAUUGGCCACUCGUCGGGAGAGAUAGCCGCUGCCUACGCUGGAGGUGCCAUUUCUCGAUUUCACGCCUGGGAAAUAGCCUAUUUCCGAGGAUUGGCUGCUAUCAGCAUGCCAUUCCGCGCUCCAAAGUUGAAAGGAGCCAUGAUGGUGAUUGGUAUGUCCUUCGAUGAGACACGGAAAUAUUUGGAAGAUGGCCAUUUUUCGGCAGAGAUCGCUUGUGUCAAUAGUCCAGCAUCAACCACCAUAUCAGGCAGAGUCGAAGCCAUAGAGGCCAUUGCCGAAGACCUUGCUGAACGAAAACAAAAGGUAUUUUGCCGCAUUCUGAAAGUCCGGACUGCGUAUCACUCGUCCCAUAUGCGGCUUGUCGAGCACGAUUACAGAGAUUCUCUCGUAUCUAUAGAACCGAGAGAGUUCCGUACCCACGUUCAAAUGUUCUCUUCUGUCACUGGGAAUUCUGUUCGGGGAGAAGAGCUUGGGCCACACUAUUGGUCCGAUAACAUGGUCAAUACGGUGCAAUUUGUUGCAGCGGUAACGUCCAUGAUGGAACAGCCAGUCGAAGCUCGCCCAGAGAUCCUCAUCGAAAUCGGCCCUCGAGCUGCCCUGCGGUCGCCUACGAGAGAAACUAUGGUGUCCAUUGUUCGCGAAGACUCGAUUCCCACACACUAUUCCAUUAUGCAGCCAAAGAUCAAUGGCAUUUUGAAAGUCCUGGGACUUGUGGGAAAUCUUUGGACCGAAGGCUGUUUCCUGAAUAUGGAGCAAGUCAUUUCUCGAGGUGAAACCCAAAGAAUGAAGUGCCUGUCCAAUCUCCCCCCAUACCCAUGGAAUCAUGACAAGUCAUAUUGGCAUGAGUCGCAUCUCAGUAUUGCCAACAGAAAUCGAGCAUAUCCUCGUCAGGAUCUUAUUGGGGCAUUGACUGCGGACUCGACUCCUUUUGAGCCGCGCUGGCGUGGCUUCCUUCGGGUCUCAGAGAACCCCUGGAUCCAGGACCACCAAGUACAGAAAACUAUUGUCUAUCCGGCUGCAGGUAUGCUGUCUAUGGUUCUUGAAGGGGCCAAACAGAUAAAACCUGCAAUAGAUGGCUUCUUGGGGUACGAGAUUAGUGAAAUGCAUCUUUCAAAAGCUAUGAUCGUCCCCAACACCGAGCAUGGGUUGGAAGUGGCACUGAAUAUCAAGAUAACUACCGACCACAGUGGAGAAAUGCAACCCAAGGCCAGCCACCAGUUUUCCAUAUAUUCCAAGCACCUAGGACGAGACUGGGAACAGCAUGCAACUGGAUUCAUACGGUUUAAGCACAGAACUGCAUGUUCUUUGGCCCCAAGCACAGCCCAUGACAAGCAGCUGGACAAGCUCUCUGAUAGCUGCAAGAAAGGCAUCAGCUCCCGUCAGCUUUAUGAAGACUUGGACACUAUCGGCAUGAACUACGGUCCAACUUUCCAGAAUAUCUCAAGCAUCUACAGAGGUGAGGGAGCUUGCGUAUGCAAAGUCGGCGUUCCAGACACCAAGUCCAAGAUGCCUGCCAAGUUUGAAUAUCCACACAUAAUUCACCCGGCAACCUUGGACUCGAUGUUUCAUCCUCUGUUUGUCAUUGAAACGGUUCCUAUGGUUCCAACUUUUAUCAAGAGUCUUUUCGUAUCGAGCGGCAUUGAUCAGGAUGGUCCAAAAUUGUUUUCCGGUUUCGCGACCGCUAACCGUGUCGGACUACAAGGUGCCUCUGCAAAGAUUGUCAUGAAUGGCUGCGGCACCUCCAAGACUCGAGUCAUCGUGAAUGGACUGUAUUUGACUGCUCUUCAGUCUACAGGUUCGGAAGAGAAGUUUCUUCCAAACUUUCGAAACCUGUGCACCGAGAUUGUUUGGCGAGAAGACGCCACCUUCGACUCGUCCACUGAUGUCAUACAAAAAAUCCGUAUUCUAGCUCACAAAUAUCCAGGAUUAGUCGUCUUGCAGGUUGGGGGCUCUACAGAGGACGCAGCAGAGCUGCUGAAACUCCUUGCUCCGGCUCAAGAUGACGCGCCAUCUCUGUCGAAAUUCACUUUGAUGGGACACGAGGACUCGGAUACUUUCCACGAGUUGAUGAAUAAAGUGAAAGAAAGUCCUGCAGAAUGCUUCGUGGAGUGCAAAAAUAACAUGGCGGAUAUCAACUCCAACUAUCAUCUCAUCAUCUCGUUCGAUGAUCUCGGUCUAGAGCUGAAGCAACUGAAGGACAGACUCAAGGUUGGAGGCGUACUCAUGCAACUCAAGUCUUGGUCACUCAACCACUACACCCCCGUCAAUGGCAAUGUUGACGAACAACAUUCUAUCGACCCAGUUGUGUACAGGCGUCCUGCUGCGUUGCUGGGCUCAUCGGCUCCGCCACUCAUUUUACUUGUGCCAGAGGAGGCGAAUGACGAGGUCUCGGCCUUAGUUGACCUUGUGAAGUCCUACCAGACCAAGUCUGCCCAAGAAUACGAGGUAUCGGCAUUGAAUACUCAAGAAAUUCUUAAGUAUGCCUCUCUCGUUGAGAAAUCAGUCAUUCUUUCACUACUUGACGUUUGCCCUUCGCAUGAUCAACACUACUCCAUUCUGCAAUGGGAUGAAUUCCACUUCAACUUGCUCAAGGAAAUUCAGAAAGCAGCAAAGGGAAUGAUUUGGCUGACCCGAGGCUCGCAUAUGAACCCUCACAACCUGCAAGGCUCGUCGAUUAUUGGUCUAGCCAGAACUCUUAUGUCUGAGGACCCCCGCAAGGUCAUUGUCACUUUUGACCUAGAUGUUGCCACGAACAUAUGCGACAAUACAGUCAUAAAGAAUAUCAUGGCUGUGUUUUCUCAGACUUUCUGCGAAGAAGCGAGACCGGGUUGUCCUGAGAUGGAGUAUGCGGAAAAGGAUGGCAAAGUCUUCAUUCCCCGGCUAAGAACAAUUCAGGGCCUGAAUCAAAUCAUUGAAGGGAUGGCUCCAGGUAUCCUCAAAAAUCGGCCUUUCCACAGCGACGAAGCUUGCCCAGAGGAUAUGUCAGAGGUGAAGCUCUCUAUUGCCAAGGCGGGUUUGUGUGAUGACUCGUGGCAUUACACUGAAAUACCUCAAACAGACAUACUUCCCGACGAAGUGGACAUCAAGUUUAGUCAGACCCUUCUCAUACCUCAGGAUGUCGAAACAGCCCUUGGACGCAACUUUGAAUCUAGCAUUGGCCUCGAUGUGCGAGGAACCGUCACCAGAGUCGGACGAAAUGUGACAGAGUUACUCCCUGGAGACAAAGUGACCGGGCUGGUAUCUGAUGGAAGUAUUCAAAGCACGCUUAGGCUCAAAUUUCCCUUCAUUCAGCGUCACAGUACAAGUUUGUUCCCAAGUCAGCUUAUUAGCGCAUACUACUCACUUGUCCAUAUGGGCAGGGGAAAACCAGGCAAGUCGGUCCUCAUUCAUGCGGGAGCGAGUGCGUAUGGCCUUGCGGCUAUCGCGCUUGCCAGAAUUCUGGGGCUCAAGUUAUUUGCGACAGUUGUCGGGCAGGACCUCGAUAGUCAGCGGAAGAUUCUUGAGGGCUGUGGAUUGACUUCAGACACAAUCUUCAGUGCCGAGGACGAGUUUAUUCCAUACCUCCUAACAAUGACAGAUGGUAGAGGCGUGGAUAUUCUUUACAGCACGUCGCAAGAUGGUCUGAAUGGUGUUGAGAAAUGUGUCAAAGAUUGUAAGCCAACAUCCCCAAGACCAUCACUGUAUAGCAUUUUUGGUUCUAACUUUCUAGGCGGCUUAAUUGUGCGGCUUGUCGGUGGCAGCCAGUACUCUAUUCGACGCAAUUUCGACUCAACGAGCCUUGCUACUGCUGUUAACUUCGAUCUGCGGCGUCUGCUGCGAGAAGACGCGGAUUUUAUAGCAGAACUACUCGAAUCCGCAUCCGAGUUCCUGGAUAAGAAGCAGUUUGAUGAUACAGUUUUGACCUCAUCGGCAAAGGAUUUUUCUAUAGACUCGCUUGAUAAGGCGCUGAAACAUGUUCAGAAACAUCCAUAUCAAGGCCUCUGCACAGUUUCAGCUAACUCGGGAGAAAAUCAGAAAGUUAAAGUUCUCUAUGACAACAAUUCCAAGUCUCUAAGCGACGCCAUCGAUCCUGAGGGAACAUAUCUGCUGGCGGGUGGACUCGGUGGUCUGGGAAGAAGCAUCGCCGAGCUUCUCAUCGCCAAUGGCGCAAAGCAUCUGGCAUUUGUCUCUCGAUCAGGCACAUCCAAUAGUCAAUCCCGUGACUUCAUCGAGGACUUGCAAAAUAAGGGUGUUAAUGCAAAAGUCUAUCAAGCUGAUCUUUGUGACGAGGCGUCUCUAUCAGCAGUCAUGAAGAAUCAGUUGUUUGUUCAGAUGCCUCCUAUUCGAGGAGUAUUUCAAUGCGCUGCUGUUAUCCAAGACUCAGUGUUUGACAACAUGACCUAUCAAAUGUGGAAUGCCGCAUUCAAGCCAAAGACACAAGGUUCUUGGAACCUAGUCAAGACAAUGGCGGACUUGACUAGCAAGCCAUUUUUUGUCUUCUUGGCCAGUUCAGCCGGGAUCAUUGGCAAUCGAGGACAAGCCAAUUACGCAGCUGGAAACAGCUUCAAGGAUGCUUUAGCACAUCAUUGUCUCCUUCAAGGCGUCCCAGCAGUAUCAAUCGAUCUAGGCCCCGUUCUUGGAGCAGGCAUGCUCGCCGAGGACGACGACAUGUUGGACAAGCUCCGCGCCGCAGGCUUCUACGGCAUCCGCCAUGAUGACUUCCUUACUGUUAUCAAGCACGCCAUCACAAGGGAAAUAGGCCCCUCGGGCGCCACCACGCCGGCUCAGAUCAUUCUCGGGGUAGGAACAGGCGGUUUGCUGCGUCAGAACAAGCCAGCAGACCCAUAUUGGUCACGCACCGCGCUCUACUCCUACCUGAACUUGAUAGACAUGCCACCACCAGACCUCGAUGACUCGAAUGAACUACAAGGAAUGAACAUGAAGUUGCUCCUGGCGAGAUGCGGCAGCACAGAAGGUGCAGUUGAGCUCAUCCGCCUCGGGUUAUCCAACAUGCUCGCCAAGGCUACGAAUCUGCUCCCUGAAGAAGUUGACGCGAACAAGCCCCCAAGUGCGUACGGCGUUGAUUCCCUGGUCGCCGUUGGAGUCAGGAAUUGGGUAUUGAGCAACUGUAAUGUUGAAGUAUCGGUGUUUGAGGUGUUGAGUAACGACACGAUUAUGGAAAUGGCAAAAAUGAUUGCGAAGAGAGGCGGAUACGAAAAGGCAUAG